AAUUGUUUGAGUCUGCGUUUGUCUGAAAACAAUUUAUUUGGUUGUUCAUAAACUUUGUUUGCAAAAAAGAGUUUUGAAAAAGAUGUUUAUUUAUUAAAAAUUAAUAAAACGCAACUGUAAAAAAAAAUAUUGUAAAUGUUAUCACCUCGAUUCUUGUUAUGUUCAAAAAAGAUUCAAGUUUUUUACAAAGAUAAUUUUUGCAAAUUGACUAAAAUAGGUAGAAAUAUCAAUACAAAAUAUGCUGAUAUCACGAAAAAUAACAAUGUAAUAAUUGGGUCAAAAAAAUUGAAAAAUCGACUUUUAAAACAUGUUGGUGGUCAAAGAUAUUGGCUGGAAAAUAAAGAUGAUCAGGAGCAAAUAAGCGACAUCAAAACAACAAACCAAAAUGAGUUAGUGAAAAGAAGUUUAACAGACAGUGUUCAAGAAGUUAUUUUACCUUUUGGUACGAAUAUAAAUAUAAGAGAAAAGUAUUUAAAUUUCUUUGGUGCUAUUCGUUUUGGAAAGUUACUUGAAGAUUUAGAUACCAUGGCUGGAUAUGUGGGCUAUAAAUAUUACAAAGGCCCUACUGAAAGGCCUCCCUUUGCACUAGUGACCGCCUGUGUGGACAAAAUUAACUUAAAAGAAAAUGUGAUCCAUCCGAAAGAAGAUCUUAAACUUAGAGGAUUUGUUUCAUGGGCAGGGAAAACCUCUUUAGAAAUAACAAUUCUAAUUUAUCAGUUCAAAAAAGAACUCAAUAUAUGGAAACAGCUGGCUGAUGCAAUGUUUGUGAUGGCCGCUAGAUCAAUGCAUGAUGGAUCUUCCGCAUUCAUUAACCCUUUUGAAGUAAACACCGAAGAAGAAAAAGAGUAUUUUCAAAAAGGUUUGUUAAAUAAGGAAAUACGAAAAUACAAAGCAGAAAAUUCGCUUUUAAAGAUUUCCCCGACAGCAGAAGAAAGAGAUCGCGUACAUGAACUAUUUUUAAAAACAGUUGACCCAAACAAAUCAACAUUUUCUAGCCGCAUAAAACCUGAAAACACUGUUUGGAUGCACGAAACUAAUUUAAAAAAUCUUAUUAUAUGUCAUCCCCAGUCAAGGAAUUGCUAUAACAAAAUAUUUGGAGGUUUUCUCAUGCGAGAAGCUUUUGAACUUGCUUGGGCUAAUUCCUGUGUUUAUAUUAAAUCAAUUCCUAAUAUUAUAACCAUAGACGAUAUUGUUUUUCGAAAGCCAGUUGAAGUUGGGUCUCUUUUAUACUUAUCAAGUCAAAUUGUAUUUACAAAAGGUCUGUAUCUGCAAGUAAGAGUUCUUGCAGAAGUGGUUAAUCCAAAAUCGGGUCAAACUGAUACAACAAAUGUUUUUUAUUUUCACUUUACCAGUAAUCAACCUUUUCCUGAGGUUAUGCCAUUUUCAUACGCUGAGUAUAUGCUGUAUCUUGACGGUUUGAGGCACUGCCCUUCUAGUAUAUAAAAUUUAUCUAGUUAAUCUAAAAUAUAAAGUCUAGAUAAAGCUUGAUUAAAAAGUUUACUGCAUUAUUCGGUUUUAAAAAAAAUCUUUUUUAUUUUCCAAUUUAUUACUUAUAAAAAAAAACAUUGGUGUUAACAAACUUCUAUUAUUUAUGUAUUUGUUUGAUACUUAUUUGAUACUUCUACUCUUAUUUGAUACUUCUAUUAUUUAUGUAUUUGUUUUAUACUAAUUUGUACAUAUAAUUUUUUUAAAAAGUAAAUCUUCUGGAAACUCAUUUCCGUUGCAGA